AUGGCCCGCAAUGCGAUCCAGGAGGCCGGCCUGGGGAUGCCAAGCCCCGGGGCGGCAGCAGCAGCAGCAGGGGGAGGCAGAGUGGAGUUUGUAGGCAUGAGGGAUGUGGAAUCCGCACUGAGAAGACCCACAGGGUUGGACACGGCUGAGUACCGGGCUUUCACCCAGCAAGGCAGCCGCCUGAGUCUGCUGGCCAGCCCGCUGGCGAGAGGCGACUAUCCCCGCAGGAGUGUGAACUACAGGAGACUGCAAAACCUCAUCUACAACAUCCUGGAGAGACCACGGAGCUGCGCCUUCAUCUACCACGGCUUUGUGUUUGUCCUGGUCUUCAGCUGUUUGGUUCUGUCCGUACUUUCGACCAUCCCGGAGCACACCGUUCUUGCUUCACAUUGUCUCUUCAUCUUGGAGUUUGUGAUGAUCGUGGUGUUUGGUCUUGAGUUCAUCAUCCGGAUCUGGGCAGCAGGCUGCUGCUGUCGAUAUCGUGGCUGGAUGGGGCGUAUUCGCUUUGUGCGGAAGCCAUUCUGCAUCAUCGACAUCAUCGUCCUAAUUGCCUCCAUCGCAGUCAUUGCUGCUGGCACCCAGCAGAAUAUAUUUGCCACAUCGGCGCUCCGAAGUCUCCGCUUCUUACAGAUCCUCCGCAUGGUCAGAAUGGACCAUCGAGGGGGCACCUGGAAACUGCUUGGGUCUGUGGUUUACGCACACAGUAAGGAGUUGAUUACUGCUUGGUACAUUGGCUUCCUGGUGCUGAUCUUCUCCUCCUUCCUUGUUUACUUGGUUGAAAAGGAUUCAAACACAGAGUUCGCCACUUACGCCGAUGCUCUGUGGUGGGGCACAAUCACUCUGACGACCAUCGGUUAUGGGGAUAAGACUCCAACCACAUGGCUCGGGAGGCUGCUGUCAGCUGGCUUUGCUCUCCUUGGGAUCUCCUUCUUUGCACUUCCUGCUGGUAUUCUUGGCUCAGGGUUUGCCUUAAAAGUUCAAGAGCAACAUCGUCAGAAACAUUUUGAGAAGAGAAGGAAUCCAGCAGCCAGCCUCAUUCAGUAUGUGUGGCAUAGUUAUGCAGCUGAUGGGGUCUCGGUUUCCAUAGCAACCUGGAAGCCAUACUUGAACACCUUGCAUAUCUGCAGCCCUGCAAAAAGAGACCAAGGAGAAACUUUCAGCAGUAAGCUUUUUAAUAAUAAACAGAAGCUCUCCAGGAUAUACACCUCCAGGAAACAUAGCCACAAGUUAAGUUUUAAGGAGCGUGUCCGAAUGACCAGCCCCAGGGGUCAAGCUGUAAAGGGCAGACAGGCCUCGCUGGUGACAGACCGACGGUCAUCCAGCAAUGACCAAACUACAGAGGCUAGUCCCACCAAGAUGCAGAAGAGUUGGAGCUUCAAUGAUCGGACUCGAUUCCGACCUUCACUCCGUUAUAAGAGCUGUCAGUCACGGGGAAUUUCGGACGACACUGCUCUUGGUACAGAUGAAGGUUUUGAUGAGCGAGGAGCUCAGUGUGAGUUCUCCAUGGAAGAACUCACCUCGGUUCUCAAGACAGUGAUCAGAGCUAUCAGGAUUGUGAAGUUUCAUGUUGCAAAGAGGAAGUUCAAAGAGACUCUCCGUCCAUAUGAUGUAAAGGAUGUGAUUGAGCAAUAUUCUGCUGGACAUUUGGACAUGCUCUGUAGGAUCAAGAGUCUGCAAUCACGUGUGGAUCAUAUGCUUGGAAGAGGACAGCUCACAACAGACAAGAGGUCACGUGAGAAAGUCCCACCAGACAUUAAUGCCACUGAUGAUCUCAGCAUGAUGGGACGGGUGGUAAAAGUUGAAAAACAGGUACAGUCUAUCGAAUCAAAGCUCGACUGUCUCUUGGAUAUCUACAGGCAGUGUCUGCAGACAGGCUCUGUCUCAGCACUAACACUCGCCUCACUGCAGAUGCCAGUGUUUGAGUCUGAUCAGACAUCUGAUUACCAAAGUCCUUUAGAUGGGCCUAACUCAGCACAGUUUGGUGGUUGCAUGUCAAGAUCCACAAGUUCGAGGGGAUUACAGCACAUCCUAUCACCUAAUGAUCCACGUGUUCCCUCUUGCUGCACCAUCAGCUCAGUCAUGCACCCUCAGGUUCCUCCAACUACUGACAGUGAUGGACCCACAAUGUCUGCAGUAAAUCAAAUGGUGCCAUCAGCCAAAGUUGCCAUGCCAACACUACAAUUGUCACCAAUUCAGAAUGUGUGCAGGGCAACACCUCUCCAGAUUAUCCCAACCACCAGAGAUGCCACCUCCUGCCCUCCUGCUGGUCAAGGAGCAGGAAUUAACCUCAUUCAGGAGACACAGUGGAAGAGAAGCCAAAGUGUGGAGAACGAAUCUUUGGAGAGACUGAUGGCUCUGAGGGGAGAUGCAAUGGAGGUGCGCUUCCCCGAGGUGUGCUCGCUCCCGCGCGUGCCCUGA